AAUCCAUUCCAACCUGCAAUGAGGCAAUUUUUCCGCUUAACUAACUGCGUCAAUCAUCUUCUUGGCCAGAUGCCGUCUUUCCUCUUUCUAUGCAACAGAUUUCUCAACAUGAUCAUCAUUUUAACUUUACUCACACCAGCUGUUGUUAAUUACUAUCGAGCAACCUGGUACAUGUUAGACUUGUUCGUUUUUCCAGAUGAUAAACUUCUCAGCGCAUCAUUUACGUUUACAGUAAGCUUUGGAAUGUUGUUCCUAAUCAUGCUGGUGGGAGAUUAUAUUAAGGAGUCUUUAAAUGCGAGAAAAGCAAAAGAAGUGUGGUAUCGUGCCCUUUUUUUCCCUCUGGCAUUUUUAACCGUUGCAGCUUGGAAAGGUCCAUGGAUGCUUUUAGAUCAAAUCACAACGCCUUCUCUUCCAAGUGCCUGUGUUUCUCACGUAAUGGGGUUUUUAGUUCUUGUAUGCACAAGAACUACCUCAUCCAUAGUUGCCAUGCCGGGUUAUUGCUCAAACGAAAGACACAUCGACCUAUCCGAGAGUAUUCUUCAAGGAAAGCAUUGUGUAAAGAACACGUCGAACACCAUAUGCGGUGAAAUCGCCGCAAGGAUCUUCAAUAGUUUCGUUACUGUGUUUAUUAUCGGAGUUGCAGUGGUGAACUACUGGCGAGGAACUUGGCUUAUCAUUUUGACCACACUACAAUAUCUUGACAACGAUCUCAUCCUAUCAUCAGUUUUACUGAUUAUCGUGGGAUACAGCAUAUGGAUUGUGUGUUAUGUGUUCACUGAGUUCCUGUCAACGAUCCCAAUGAAUCCACCUCAUUCCAUAUUAAACCGUGCCUUGGAGCAGGUCUUUGUUUACAUAUUGGCAUUUGGAGUGGUGUGUUCUUGGGCGGGCAUUUGGCUCCUGAUGGAUGCUUGUCUUCCGUCGGGUAAGUCCAUUAUAUUGUAAGGAAAUAGGCGACAAGUUAAACGGGAGGGUUGAAACUUACGAAUAUAUAUGCGUGGACGUCUUCUCAGAUUAAUUUUGCGGGUUUCAUUUGGCGGAUUUUUCAAAUUGUCAUUGAACGAUCUUCAGCGAUGAGAGGCAGCGCCUUGUAUCUAUAUCUAUAUUGGGGCAUAUAUAACUUUACCAUAAGGGGUGAAAAAUUCCUUCAGUUCUCUGGACUUCACUCUGUAGCUCACGUUACCAACAAAAACCUUGCACUUGUUAGCAACUACACGGGUUUUCUGGCAAAAUCAUUAUAUCUAGUCCACUGGCUGUCUUAAGUUAUCUUAAUGCACUUUUCUUUAAUAUAUUUUCAGAUCUCCCAGUAACUUGUGCGCUGAUCGGCCAUUUUGUAUCAAUCGCUGUCCUUUAUGUUUUGCAAGCUUGCAUUAAUUUGAUUGGUUCGCCCACUGGAUGUACAGUUCACAACAGUGAGAAGCUUGACGGUUUCGAUAUGGGAGGCUACUUCGAAAAGCCUCACAGGAUAGAACCUAAAAAACAGAUAGAAAACGGGGCAAUCAAGCAACAGUUGAUCCGUAAUUAUGAAUCCACUCAACUCAAUUAGUCAGUAGCUUUCAUCCAUGCAACCUUCCUCAAAUCUCCACCAGAAUUCUGAAAGCAUUACCUCGCUGGUACUGAGUGGUUUUGUUUGUGCGUACAGCAUCACUAUGAUUUCAAGUUGGUCGUAAUUUGUGGGUUUUUAAAGCCUUCUCACAAAACAAUACUCGCCAUAUCAAUUUAAUUAUAGCGUUGAAUUGACAACUACACCGGCAGAACUCAAAGGAAAAAAGAAGCUGGAAGACAACUCCCCAUGAAUUCACUGACCAUAUACUGUACCUCAUAAAUUUAAAUCGGGGGAAAAGGAGUUAAAUUACAAAUAGAAAGGGCAGAUCGAAUGAAGGGAGAGGCCUGAAGUGGGUAAAUAUUUCACUUAAACAGAAAAGGUUCAAUUUCUUUCUUGCAUUGCUUCUGUCAUAAAGUCGCGAAAGAACCACACUCGUAUCGUCGAUUAAACCUUUUUAUUAUCUUCUAGUCUCGAAGCUUCAGAAACUAUACACAAGUAAUUUGAUUCAAAGGCGGUAAAUCAAAAUCAAGUUUUGUCCUUUACACGCGUGACUAAUAGUUACAUAAGUAAAAAUCGAUUGAAAUACACGUAACUGUUCGUAACAGCUUCAAUUUUAAUUAAAAGGCUUAAAACUGUCUCUACAGUACGUAUUCAAAUUCAAUCAGAUUUGAAAUCUCGCGAGACACCUGAGAACAGCGACUGAGGCUGACCGAGGUCGACCAAAAACUUACUAUUUGAGCUACAAUCCGAACUUCCUAUCAGACCACAGGCGGCCCAAGCUCCAGCUGUAUGAUGAUCAUCUUGCGCAAUAACAGUCAU